AGCAUUAUAAAUUCAAAUUAUUUUAACCAUAUGACGUUAUUCAUUUGAUUGAAGCCAUUUGUUCCAAUACGGACAUAUUUCUGGUUGUUCCAAAACAUUGAGUGGGCGGGGUUCGAACUGAUCUAACAUGUCCAAAAUAUUCUCUUUCGCUCAAAAAGUUGUAUGAAUAGCUUUUGCACCUGUAUAAGUAUAACAGUGUGCACUUACUAGUAUAAAAUCCGCGAUAUUUAAACAAUGGUGAAAUUUUACACAUGCAGUUGUUUUUUCAGAGAUAAUAUUUUCCUUGAAGAAUAUAAACUUCACGUCCGUUUCCUCUCGGAGAACCAGUUCAGGAAGGACUAUCAGAAUAUCCUCAGGUCCCUGGGCUGCGUGUCUGAAUCUCAGUUCAGAGACGUGCUUGGAAAGAUUCAUGCUGAAAUCGAAAGACGCCAGAGUCAUAAAUUGAAAUCAGCAGAGAGAGCAGCUACCAUUAAGAAGAUUUAUACACCUCUACAUCAACAUGUUUAUCAUCUGCAGGAGUCAUUCCUGGUCCCAGAGUUUUUACAGUUGGUAAAAUACUGUACUUCAAGCGAUGCAACUGUGGAAGGACUAAUGAAACUCAUCAAGACAGAGGCAGCAUCAAGGGUCUUCCGAUUCCCAGUUCUCCGAAAGGAAUUCUGCAAGGACUUUAUAGAAGAGCUGGAGCAUUUUGAAGAGUCUGAUGCACCGAAGGGCCGGCCAAACACCAUGAACAAUUAUGGAGUUCUUCUCAAUGAACUGGGCUUUGAUGAGGGUUUCUUAACUCCGCUGAGGGAGGUCUAUCUGCGUCCAAUCACGGCUCUGCUCUACAGUGACUGUGGAGGAAGCUGUCUGGACAGUCACAAGGCUUUUGUAGUCAAGUAUGAUAUGCGUGAAGACUUGGACCUCAGCUAUCAUUACGACAACGCUGAAGUCACUCUCAAUGUAUCACUGGGGAAAGACUUUACAGAGGGGAACCUGUUCUUUGGAGACAUGAGACAGGUGCCUCUGAGUGAGACGGAGUGCGUGGAAGUGGAGCAUCGCGUGACUGAAGGUCUGCUACACCGAGGCCAGCACAUGCACGGAGCUCUGCCCAUCUCCUCAGGCACGCGCUGGAACCUGAUCGUAUGGAUGCGAGCUUCAUGCGAGAGGAACAAACUCUGCCCUAUGUGUGUUAAGAAACCCAUACUAGUGGAGAGCGACGGAUUCAGUGAUGGCUUCACCAUGGACCCUGAUGACACUAGCAGUAAUGUGUUAUGUUCUUUUCAAUGAUGUUGUUCAGCCCAUAUGGGAGCUAAUUUAUGAUGCUUUGCUCAGUGAGACAGUAGGUUAUCAGGAUAAAAUGAUUUUGGUGCCUUCUUCAAAAUCAGUACUAAAUGUAUAAGAGCUGAUUUAUGUUUUUGGGUAUUUUUGACUAUAAAUGACUUGAUUAAAUAUUCAAUUGAUUGUAUAUGUAGUGGUUUUAAACCUGCUAAAUGUCUUAUUUUAGGAUAAACUGUUAAUAUAUAUACAAGGAAUUUUAGAUGUACAAUAAAAUAUCUUGAACAAGUUAUAUGGCUUAUAUGUACAAAACAUCAAUUUCAGUAAAUAUAUUUUUAAUCUGC